AUGGCUUCGUUGGACAACGGGAAUCUGGAAUUCCAGGACCCCUUCUUCUCCCUCCCCGCCUUCGGGUGCUUCUUCUCUGACAGUGCAGCGGCAGCCGCUGGGUACCACUACUCCAACCCUCAAGCACUCGCAGGCGAGAAGCAUGCGCGGGAAACGCUUGAGAGCGAAACAUUAGAGACCGGAACGCUUGAGCAGCAGACGCAUGAGGAGAGGCAGAGGCAUGAGAAUCUCGAGAGGGAGACGCACGCGAGGGAGAGGCGUGAGAGGGAGACGCAUGAAAGGGAGAUGCGUGAGAGGGAGAGUCGGUCGUCAAUGUCGAACAAGAAGAGCCGCCUGAGACAGCAGUCAGCCAUUCUGCAGCGACGAGGACGCAAUGCGGACGCCGCUCGAGACCUCCCUCCUCCUGCCACUGCUGCAACUGCCAACACGGCUGCCACUGCCGGCACUCAGGGCGGGUCUGGCAGUCUAAGUGGUGCUGUCCCUCCAGCGACUGAGGGGAAGGCUGCAACAAGGCAGCGGGGAGGCACCGUGAGCAGCCAGAGGAGCUCCAUCUACCGCGGAGUCACAAGGCACCGCUGGACUGGACGCUAUGAGGCUCACCUGUGGGAUAACUCGUGCCCCAAGGAGGGCACCAACAAGCGAGGCCGCCAAGUCUACUUGGGAGGGUAUGACGAUGAUGAAACGGCUGCGCGGGCGUACGACCUUGCUGCUCUCAAGUACUGGGGCCCCACCGCUGCUACCAACUUCCCUGUUGAGAACUACGAGAGGGAGUUGAGAGAGAUGGAGGGGGUUUCCAAGUACGAGUAUGUCGCUUCCAUCCGCAGGAAGAGCUGUGGAUUCUCCAGAGGGGCUUCCAAGUACCGCGGAGUCACCAGGCACCAUCAGCACGGGCGGUGGGAGGCGCGCAUAGGGCGAGUCAUGGGCAACAAGUACCUCUACCUGGGGACGUUUGCCACGCAGGAGGAGGCAGCAGAGGCAUACGACAUAGCAGCAGUGAAGUACCGAGGGCUCAAUGCAGUUACCAACUUUGACCUCAGCCGCUACAUCGAUGGGCUCAGCUCUCAAGCGGAUGACCCUCAACUAGCGGAGGAACCCGUGAAGGCGGAUUCUGCAGUGCAGCAGGCGAUCUCGGACCCGGUUCCCCAGUUCCUGCCAUUCCAGAGUGACCAUGCAGCUGUGUGCUUCACUCAAGCAGCAUCAGUUGACCUCAGCGCUCCCCUACCCCUGCCCAUGCAUUCAGCGCACAUGCUGUCAGCAGGCACACCGAACAUGGUGCCAUUGUACAGCCAGCAGAGCAUAGAGGUGGACCAGCAGCAUCACGAUGGACAGCCGCUCCCAAGCUUUGCUGCUUGUGGCAGUGCGGGUCCGCGCAGUCCGCGCGCGGAUGACGGGAUAGAACCAGCGCAUGCGCGAGACGACCUGAUAAAAUUCGCGGAUCCUCCGCAUCCGGAGGCGAUCAAUUUCUCUGCGGCAGCGGCGGCGACAGCGGCGGAGGAGUUUUAUGAAGAAGUGGAGGAAGGGGAGGAGGAUGACGGGAGUGAGUUUCUGGAGCGCGCGCGGAGCCACCAGGAGGCGGAGGACGAGCGCGCGUACGAGCCGGAGGAGCAGAUCGACGUGUCGCGUUACAGCCUGCCGCUACAGACGCCGGGCGGCAAGGAGGACACGUUCCGGUUCUCGUGGCGGCGCUUCUGCAUCUUCGUGGGGCCGGGCUUCCUCAUGAGCAUCGCUUACCUGGACCCCGGCAACCUCGAGAGUGAUUUGCAGGCAGGCGCACAGACAGGGUAUGCGCUGCUCUGGAUUCUCUUCUGGUCCACUGCACUCGGCCUGCUGCUGCAGGCCAUAGCAGCGCGAGUGGGCGUGGUGACGGGGUGCCAUCUAGCGGAGCUGUGCCGCAUGGAGUACUCACCCCCCGUGCGCUGGGUGCUGUGGGGGAUGACGGAGGUCGCUAUAGUGGGGGCGGACAUUCAGGAAGUGAUAGGCUGCGCCAUCGCGCUGCGCAUCCUCAGCAGGGGGGCUAUUCCCAUCUGGGCGGGGGUGCUGAUUACAGGGCUGGACAGCUUCCUUCUCCUCUUCCUCGAGAACUUUGGCAUUCGCAAGCUGGAGGCGCUCUUCGGGCUCUUCAUCGCUGUCAUGGCUGCCUCCUUUGCCCGCAUGUUCGUGGAAGCUGCGCCUGACGCGGGGGCCAUUGCUCAUGGCCUUCUCGUCCCUUCCAUACCCCGCGGGGCAACGAGCAUGGCAGUGAGCAUACUAGGCGCAGUCAUCAUGCCGCACAACAUCUUCCUCCACUCCGCCCUCGUGCAAUCGCGCGCUAUCAACCGCCACUCCCCACCGCGAGUGGCAGAGGCGCUGCUCUACUUCACGCUCGAGUCCGCCCUCGCCCUGCUGCUCUCCUUCCUCGUCAACCUCUGCGUCGUCUCCGUCUUUGCCCGCCUCUUCUACGGCCAACCGGGGGCAGUGGAUAUUGGGCUGGAUAACGCUGCUGAGUAUCUGCAGGGCGCACUCAACUUUGGCCGCGAUAACGCUGCUGGGAACCUGCAGGAGAGGGGCGUCCUCUGCCCAGGAGAGGGGCGUCCUCUGCCCAGGAGAGGGGCGUCCUCUGCCCUCCCCCAUCACUCUUUUCCCCUCUCCAUUUCCCCUCUCCAUUUCCCCUCUCCAUUUCCCCUCUCCAUUUCCCCCCUCUCUUUUCGUCUUUCAAUAGAGCACCAAUUAGUGGUGUUCAUUUGGGCGGCCGGGCUGCUAGCAGCGGGGCAGUCAUCAACCAUGACAGGCACAUACACGGGGCAGUUCGUCAUGUCGGGCUUUCUCGACCUGCAUGUGCGCAAGUGGGUGCGCGUGCUUGUCACCCGCACCGUCGCCAUCGUGCCCACCAUCGUCGUCGCCCUGCUCUACACCUCGCCGGCUUCUCACACACCACACUCACCACCGCAGCUGUCACCACCCAUGGCAGCACUGGCUGUGCAAGUGACAGGGGGAGCGGGUACAGUAGAAGGGGCAGCAGCAGCAGCAGCAGCAGCAGCAGCAGCAGCAGCAGGCGGAUUGCUCAACGAAGCGUUUUUCACUCCGUCUCCCUUUCCAACCUCCUCCAUGCCCUUCCCUCUCACCAACACCUCCCUUCCUGCCCCCUCUUUCUCCUCCUCACCUGUCUCAUCUAGCCCGUCAUCACUGCAACUUUCAACCUCGCAGCACACCCCACUCUCCACCUCACUACCCUCCGCACCGCACAUGCUAUCACUCUCGUCGUUGGACGUGCUGAACCAGUGGCUCAACGUGCUGCAGUCCGUGCAGCUGCCCUUUGCUGUCAUCCCCCUGCUAGCCAUUGCAUCGUCAACACACGUGAUGGGAAGAUAUGCCAUCAAGGGAGCAGUGAAGAUCACUGGGCGUGCAGCAGUCCGUGCAGCAGUCAGUCCGUGCAGCAGUCCGUGCAGCAGUCAGUCCGUGCAGCAGUCCGUGCAGCAGUCUGUGCAGCAGUCCGUGCAGCAGUCCGUGCAGCAGUCCGUGCAGCAGUCCGUGCAGCAGUCCGUGCAGCUGCCCUUUGCAGUCAUCCCCCCCCUCGCCAUCGCUUCGUCAACACACGUCAUGGGCCGAUAUGCCAUCAAGGGGGCCGUCAAGGUAAGGUGUGCUAGCGUGGGCAUCAGCAGCGCUGGUAAUCACUAUCAACCUCUACCUCCUCUUUGA